GGCAUCCUGAGGCACUAGGCACGGUCAGUUGCAGACCCGGCUUGAAACUGUGGAUGCCUGCACAUCAGAUCCAUUGACAGGCUAUUGCGCGCUUCCGUGACCGUGCAACCUUCAACAAGAUGAUGGGCGGUAAACCUGCGGAUUAUACCGUUCGCUCCCCGAAGGUUGGUCUGCGAGUUUUGCAUAAAUACCUCGAACAAAGUGGGCCAUAUCCACAGUCCCGCAGCCUUCUUCACUCGCAUCGCCAUAACAUUGACACAAGAUGACCUCUCAUCCUUCGCCCUCAGUCUCUGUGUGGCCAGAGGUCUCAACCUCGUCGGGCCUCACUUUCUUCACUUCGCUCAGUCCGAGCAUCACGAUUGCGGCAGCCAUUCUCCUCGCCAGUCUGUACCUCCUGCCAUCUAUCAUUGGCACGAGCUUCGACCUAUUUGGACGUCGUCCCAGAGACAAGGACGGAAACUCCAUUCCGAACGGUCCCCUUGGACUUCCGAUAGUCGGGUCAUUCCCGUUCCUGACUCAUUAUCCGGAGUUAACUCUGGAUUACUGGUACAAGAAGUUCGGUCCGCUCUACUCGAUGUGGCUCGGAAACCAGCUGUUCGUUGUGGUGUCCGAUCCCGGCAUCGCCAAGGACCUCAUGGUCACUAACGGCGCAGUGUUCUCGUCCCGCAAGGAGAUGUAUAUCAAAAGCCAGCUCGUUUUUGUUGGUCGCGGUAUCACGGCGACUCCAUACAACGAUAGAUGGCGCAAGCACCGUCGCAUCGCCACGAUCUGGCUCAAUCAGCGAGCGGUGAACGGCUACACGAACGUGCUGGACUAUGAAGCAACGGUAAUGAUCAAGAACAUGUACCAGCUCAGUCAGGGCGGCCGCGCUCCCAUUAAUCCUCAGCCCCACGCGGGACGUUGUUCUCUAAACAACAUGCUCACGAUAGUCUUCGGAACACGGACCGACACCAUCCAUCAUCCCCUGGUGUUGAAGGCGCUCAAGUUAUCCCGUGAAUUCAUGAACUGCACUGGUCCGGUCUCCAACCUCGUCGACUUUGUCGCUCCCCUGCAGUGGUUCCCGACGAUCAUGUCCGUGCGCGGCAAUAAGCUGCACAAGGGACUGGCCGACACCUACGGUGGCAUGAUCAACGACAUCGAGCGUCGGAUGAAGGCCGGCGAGGAUGUACCCGACUGCCUGGCUAAGACGAUGAUCGAGCUGCGUGACGAGGAGGAUCUGGACCACCUUGAUAUGGCCAUUCUUGCAUCGGCGUUCAUGAUCGGUGGAGUCGAAACGACGGCGUCUAUCAUGCAGUGGUUCUCGGCGCUCAUUCCUGCGUAUCCGGAGAUUCAGAAGAAGGCGCAAGAGGAACUCGAUCGCGUCGUCGGUCGCAACCGUCUUCCCACGGUUGAGGACGAGAAGGACUUGCCAUACUGCCAUGCCAUUAUCAAAGAGGUCGAACGGUGCCACAACCCAUUCUGGCUCGGCACUCCCCACGUCGCGUCGGAGGACUUCACGUACAAUGGACAGUUCAUCCCGAAGGACACGGUCGUCGUCAUGAACACUCGGUCGAUGCAUUAUGACGAGACGAGGCACGCGAACCCGGAUAAAUUCGAUCCCGAGAGAUACAUCAACGACAGCACUAACAACACCGAGUCCGCCAACCUCGCUGACCCGUACGAGCGCGAUCACUGGAUGUUCGGAUUAGGGCGCCGGAUCUGCCCCGGCAUGAUUGUAGCAGAGCGCGAGAUCUGGCUGUCUAUCUCUCGCAUGCUCUGGGCGUUCAACAUGGUGGAGAUACUGGGCGAACCGAUCGACCUGAAGGAGUAUGACGGUUUAUCUGGACGUUCGCCCGUCCCCUUCCGCAUCAAGCUCGUUCCCCGCCAUGAGAACGUCGCUAAAGUACUCGGACUCUGAGCGCUAUCGGGACGAGCCCGGCGCAAGCGACAAUGUGUCGCGGAGUAUUUCCUUCAGACGACUGAGCCCGGUGCCUGUUC